AUGCACUUCAUUACCUUCCUCGCCCUCGCCGCCCCGGCUCUCGUAACGGCCACCCUUGACCCAGCCUCAUCCAACACCAAGGGCAAGAAACCCAGUAACCUGAACUGCGAGAGCGCCAAAGUAUCCACCGCAAUCCAAGCAGCCGAGUGCUCGCACAACACCCGCACCUCCGAAACCCAGACCUUCGCCGUCUUCCAGACAGACCACCAAUACGACGAGAACAACGGUGCGCCCUACGGUACCUGCAGUGCGUACACCUGUGAGGCGCCCUCUAGCGAUGCGCUCGAGGAAGACGCCGACUAUUGGGUCUUUUACUGGGGGAGUCAGGGAGAGGAGAGUGGCUAUGGAACGACUUGCAUCAAGGACCCGAACUCGGGAGAGUGUGGGUGUGAGAACUCGGAUGGGACGUUUGUUUCUGGGAGUGAUUCUUGCUCUUAA